AGAAAAAAAAAGUGAAGAGCUUUUAUGCAUUAAAUGGCGAGAAUUCGUAAAAGGGUUCAAGCUGUUCGUCGUGCUGCUGAUGGAAGCGCUUUCGACAAAUGUGAAGAAUGUGGUGUUAUGAUAGCGAUUGCUCUGUUUGAUAUGCACGAGUGCGGAGAGAAGAGAAGAGAAGUGAAGAGGUUUAAGCCCAUUUCGAGUGAUAGAAUCGAUAGUAAACCAGUUGGGAGCUUUGAAGAUGAACCCAGAUCACCUUUCGUCUUCUUCUUAGAGGAUUUUAGGAAAAGCUGCGAUGGGGACAUGGUGGAUGCUAGUAGAAUAUGUUUCACUGUGUGGAAGAACAUGUCACGAGAGGAUCAGAAACCCUUUAUAGCUCGUGCUGAAGUAGUUGAUUUGGCACACAACAGGUUAUUAAAAGAAGAAGCUCAAAGUAUAUAUAAGGCAGAUGAUGAGGCGGAUUCAAAAGCUGCUGCAAAAUUUGAUAAGUUAUGUGAGGGCUAUGAUCAUGAAGAGGAUGACUAUUAUUCAUCUGAUCAUUUUGAACAUGAGUUUUGGGAAGACGAUACUGUGCUGAAGUACUGAGCUACUGUCUUGAUGGAGAGGGUUUUGGCCUGUUGUUGUGUACAAAUUUGGUAGUUUUUGUGGGGGAAUUUUGUGUAAAUAUAGGCAAAGAGAGGCUCAUUUUUCCCUUCUUUUAUAACUUUAGAGCUGUUUCUCUUAUUUUUUGGUUAGCGCUCUUCAAAUACUUUUUCUCAGUUACUACCAAAGAGACUUUGAUUAUUUGGCAGAUAACUAAUUUAAGA